AUGAGGACAUAUCAGUGGCAACACUCUGCGUAUCCCUUCUGGCAUCACUCCAACUCUUUCUCCAACAUCCCCUCCAACUCCAACUCCUUCUCCAACAUCCCUUUCAACCCCAACUCCUUCUCCAGCAUCCCCUCCAACCCCAACUCCUUCUCCAACAUCCCUUUCAACCCCAACUCCUUCUCCAGCAUCCCCUCCAACCCCAACUCCUUCUCCAACAUCUCCUCCAACCCAACUCCUUCUCCAACAUCCCCUCCAACCCCAACUCCUUCUCCAGCAUCCCCUCCAACCCCAACUCCUUCUCCAGCAUCCCCUCCAACCCCAACUCCUUCUCCAGCAUCCCCCCAACUCCUUCUCCAACAUCCCCUCCAACCCCAACUCCUUCUCCAACAUCCCCUCCAACCCCAACUCCUUCUCCAGCAUCCCCUCCAACCCCAACUCCUUCUCCAACAUCCCCUCCAACCCCAACUCCUUCUCCAACAUCCCCCCCAACUCCUUCUCCAACAUCCCUCCAACCCCAACUCCUUCUCCAACAUCCCCUCCAACCCCAACUCCUUCUCCAACAUCCCCUCCAACCCCAACUCCUUCUCCAACAUCCCCUCCAACCCCAACUCCUUCUCCAACAUCCCCCCCAACUCCUUCUCCAGCAUCCCCUCCAACCCCAACUCCUUCUCCAGCAUCCCCUCCAACCCCAACUCCUUCUCCAACAUUCCCUCCAACCCCAACUCCUUCUCCAGCAUCCCCUCCAACCCCAACUCCUUCUCCAGCAUCCCCUCCAACCCCAACUCCUUCUCCAACAUCCCCUCCAACCCCAACUCCUUCUCCAGCAUCCCCUCCAACCCCAACUCCUUCUCCUGCAUCCCCUCCAACCCCAACUCCUUCUCCAACAUCCCCUCCAACCCCAACUCCUUCUCCAGCAUCCCCUCCAACCCCAACUCCUUCUCCUGCAUCCCCUCCAACCCCAACUCCUUAUCCAACAUCCCCUCCAACCCCAACUCCUUCUCCAACAUCCCCUCCAACCCCAACUCCUUCUCCAACAUCCCCUCCAACCCCAACUCCUUCUCCAGCAUCCCCUCCAACCCCAACUCCAUCUCCAGCAUCCCCCCCAACUCCUUCUCCAGCAUCCCCUCCAACCCCAACUCCUUCUCCAACAUGACUUACCUGCCAAACGUCACACAAAGUCCGCGCCCGCCAGCUUGUCACCUUGAGGAAGCACGAUCAGGUAGAUGUUGCAUCAUCAAUUGCAAGAUACCGUGA